AUGGAGAACCCACACGCACUGCUUCUACUCUCUCUACUUCUCCUCAAUCUCGCUCUUCCCUCCAUGCAACAAAAGCUAGACCCCGCCGACCUCCGCGCCCUUGCUUCCAUCAAGAACUCCCUCACCGACGUCCCCUCCCGCCGUUCACGCGCCAGCUUCUUCUCCACGUGGGACUUCUCAUCAUCGGAUCCCUGCUCAUCAUUCACCGGAAUUACAUGCUCCUCCCUCGGCCGUGUCACCACCCUCACACUCGGCACCGGCCUCACCGACUCCCCCGGUCUCGCCGGCUCCCUCCCGCCCUCACUCUCCGACCUCUCCGAGUUGACUCAGCUCAUUCUCUACCCUGGUAUCGUCACCGGUCCGAUACCAACCCAGCUCGGCCGCCUAGUCAAUCUCCGUGUCAUUUCUUUAACCAACAACCGUCUCACCGGUCAGGUUCCCGCCACCCUCUCCCUCCUCAACAACCUCCACACUCUCGACCUCAGCUUCAACCGCCUCACCGGCUCCGUCCCUUCGGCACUGACCCGUCUCCCAAUGCUUAAAGUCCUCAUUCUCUCCUCCAAUGACAUCUCCGGCGACAUUCCCGCCGUCGUGUCCCAGCUCCUCCAUCUCGACUUCAGUAACAACAAACUCACCGGCCAGCUUCCCCAACAGCUCCCCUCCACCCUCCGCUACAUCUCCCUCGCCAGUAACGAGUUGUUAGGACCCAUCUCCGGCAUGGACACCCUCUCCGACUUGGUGCACCUCGACCUCAGCAUGAACAGAUUCAGCGGGGCCCUCCCGGCGUCGCUGUUCCGUACUUCAUUACCAUCUCUGAUGCUGCAACGGAACAAUCUCUCCGGGUGGGUCCCAUUGGUGGUCCCUGCAGCGGAGGAUCAGCCUCAGCCUCCAUCGUACGGCGAGGGCUCUAUCGUGGACUUGAGCCACAACGCGCUCACGGGUGAGCUGUCGCCGAUCUUGGCAGGCGUGGAGAGCCUGUAUUUGAAUAACAACCGUCUGAUUGGGACCGUUCCGAGGGCGUAUGUUAAGAGCGCGUACGUAGGCACCACCAGAACAUUGUACUUGCAACACAAUUACAUAUCGAAAUUUCCGGUGGAACCCGGGUCGGCAUUGCCGGAUACGGUAUCUUUGUGCUUGAGUUACAACUGCAUGGUGCCGCCGAUCGGACUUGCGGCGUGCCCUUCCAGCGCGGGCACGGAGCUGUCGCGGCCGGCUUCGCAGUGUUCGGUGUUUAACUACGGCUAGCUAGCUAGUAGCUACAUUGGUGUACAUGGUGGGAAAUUGGUCUUACAUAGGCUGCAAGUUAGAUAAUAUGAGCAGCAACGAA